AAAAUGUUUGGAGGAAAUCAGUCCACAGUGUCAGAAUUUGUGCUUCUAGGACUUGGCCAUUCAUGGAGUUUGCAGGUCUUACUUUUAAUAAUAUUUUUGUUGCUUUACGUGAUCAUUGUAUCUGGAAAUAUUGUCAUUGUGACCUUAAUCAUCACUGACCCUCAUCUCCAUUCCCCCAUGUACUUCUUUCUGGCCAACCUGUCCUUCAUUGAUUUGUGGCUGUCCUCAGUCACCACUCCUAAGAUGAUUGCUGACUUUCUCAAGGACAAUAAGACCAUUUCUUUUGCAGGAUGCAUGUGCCAGAUCCUCUUCGUGCACUUUGUUGGAGGGGGUGAGAUGGUGCUCCUGGUGGUCAUGGCCUAUGACCGCUAUGUGGCCAUCUGCAAACCACUCCACUACUCCACCAUUAUGAGCCUGCAAAGGUGCAUUGGGCUGGUGUUGACAUCCUGGACCGCGGGCUUUGUGCAUGCCAUAAGUCAGAUGGCUGUGAUUGUUCAGUUGCCUUUCUGUGGCCCCAGGGAAAUAGAUAGCUUCUUCUGUGACAUACCACUAGUGAUCAAGCUGGCCUGCAUGGAUUCUUCUAACUUGGGAAAAGUAAUGAAUGCUGACAGUGGGGUUGUGGUUGUAACCUGCUUCAUUCUCUUGCUGAUGUCCUACACAUACAUUCUUCUCACUGUUCACCAGAGAUCUAAAACUGGUGCAUCUAAAGCCCUGUCCACCUGCAGUGCCCACAUCACAGUGGUAGUGAUCCUUUUUGUGCCUUGUAUGUUCAUCUAUGUGUGGCCACUCAACAUCACCUGGUUGGACAAAUUUCUUGCUGUGUUUUACUCUGUUUUUACACCACUCCUCAAUCCAGCUAUUUAUACCCUGAGAAACAAAGAAAUGAAAAGUGCUAUGGAGAGACUUAGAAACUACUAUCUGGAUUCCAAAUGA